AUGUGGACAUUGUUAUGCCAAGCAAGGCUUGACAGAAGACUGCGAGGGUUGGUAGCGACUAACACAUGGCUUCCGUUCGCCAAGAAUAUCGAAAAGAUUCUUGCUGGGAGAGGAAAUGCUUCACAGGACGACAGGUCUGAUUCGGAUGCUUUUGUGGAGAGCAUGACAUCGGCAUGGAUCACGGCACCAAGCCGCUCUCUCUUGUCAACACCUAUCUUUCUAGGCCACGGGACCGAUGAUGCUAUGUUUGAUGUUCAGCUCGGACGUGAGGCCAGAGAUGUGCUCUCCAAAGUAGGAUUUCGGGUUGAGUGGAAGGAGUACUUGGGUGCAGAGUUGGAAGGUCACUGGAUCAAGGUGCCAGAGGAGGUUGAUGAUAUCACGACCUUUCUGAAAAGAUAUACCGGCAGUGAUUAA